GUGGUGACGCCACAGGUCUGCUCAGAACCGGUCAGUACGUCAGUGACCUGUUUCAGUCUGGAGCUCUCACCUGUCUGAUCUGCAUCGCCUCCGUCAAGAGGACCCAGGCGGUGUGGAGCUGCUCCAGCUGUUUCUCUCUCUUCCACCUGCCCUGUAUUCAGAAAUGGGCCAGAGACUCUGCCUUCCUCGUCUCCUCUGUCACUGAUGAAGACUUCGGUCAGAAGCAGCAUCCCUGGCCCUGUCCAAAGUGUCGAGCAGAAUAUCCUCCGAGUGCCACGCCCAACAGGUACAUGUGUUACUGUGGGAAGCUGCAGGAUCCUCCAGCUGACCCCUGGUUGGCCCCUCAUUCCUGCGGCUCCGUCUGUCAGAAGGAGCUCAAACCCACAUGUGGACACACCUGUCUGCUGCUCUGUCACCCGGGUCCGUGCCCUCCGUGUCCAAAGAUGGUGGCAGUUUCCUGUAUGUGUGGCAAAGCUAAGCCCCUCCCCCGUCGCUGUAGCAACAAGGCCUGGUCGUGUCAGAAGCAGUGCAGCAAGUUGUUACCCUGUAAACAGCACACCUGUACGCAGCCCUGUCACACAGAGUGCUCCCCCUGUCCAAGAGUCAGCGUGCAGAAAUGUGUGUGUGGACGAGAGAAAGCAGAGAGACCCUGCGCCAGCCCUCGGUGGAACUGUCAGCAGGUGUGUGGUUCUCUCCUCUCCUGUGGGAAUCACACCUGUGAGGUUGUCUGCCAUGAUGGAGUUUGUCCUCCGUGUCCUCGCUCAGUCAGCAGAUCCUGUCCCUGCGGCAAGACCAAGUCGUCUCUGCCGUGCACAGAGGAAGUGCUGCCGUGCGGCGACACAUGUGACCGCCGGCUGUCGUGCGGGAAACACACCUGUUCAAUGAGGUGUCACAGAGGGAGCUGCGAGACCUGCAGACAGGAGGUGGAGAAGGAGUGCAGGUGCGGUAAAUACAGGAAGCUGAUGCCGUGUCAUAAGGAGUACCUGUGUGACUCCAAAUGUCCCCAAACCAGAAGCUGCCAGAGACACCAGUGCAGGAGGAAG